AUGUACAAUCCUUACCAACCGCCUGGCAUGUACGGCCAGCCCGACUAUGCGGCAUACGGCGCACCACCGGGUAUGGCCACAGCUCCUCCUCCAGGCAUGGCCGCCCCCGGUACCGCUCCUCCUCCUGGCAUGCAACAGGCCAAUGCGCAGCAGCCUGGGGGCCCCCGAGGCUUCCCAGCGAACUUUCAACCGCCCCCGAAUAUGCCAAACAUCAACUUCUCCGCGCCAGUAAUUCGACUGGGCACCUCGGGCCCGGCAAAGCCUGCGGGACAGGACUUUGGUCGUGAACGUGGGUCAGAGAGCGCUGGGCGACGUCCGGGAUUGGGGUCAACGAACAUGGACAACCACCACAGGUACGAUACCAUGGCGCAGCUCCAGCCGCCCACGCGGGAUGAGAUUGUGCGCACACUGUUUGUCGGAGGCAUCACGGAGGGAUGUGGUGGGGAUGAUGGAAUUGAGCGAAUUUUGCGGUCCGCGGGUGGUUUGCGCCGUUGGAUUCGCGCCACAGAUGCCGACGAGAAGCCUUGCCGAUUUGGAUUUGCCGAAUAUGAAAAUCCCGAGAGCUUGGAAAUCGCUGUCGAAAUUCUCAAGGACGUUCAGGUGCCUGUGAAGCGACAGGUCCCACGGAAAGAGGGUGAAGAGCAGCGGGAAGUGGAAAAGAGUACUCUUUUGGUUGUGGUAGACGAGAGCACUAUGACUUAUCUCGAGCAGUUCGAGGCCAACCGAGGCGAACGCGACCCGGAAGAACUGCAGGCUCGCUUCACAGCCGCUAAUAACACCCUAACGAACGUUCUGGCGCAACUUUGCAAUCCGGUCACCCCUGUCCAGAAGGAAGAUGCUUCUGCGCUUGACCGGGAAGGUGAUACUGGGAUGAGGGAUGGCGAUGCUCCCACAAAGGAUGGAGAGGUGGUCACGAUUCCCAUUACGGGAGAAGACGAACUGGCAGAUAUUCCUCCGGAAAUGCGCGAGAAUGUUGCGAAGGAAAUUGCUGCGUUCCGUGAGCGAAGCAACCGUCGGGAUACCGAGCGCUUGAGACGCGAGGAGGAGAUUGAGUCAAUGGAACGUGCUCGUAAUGCUGCUGGUGGCACUAACAACAUCCCAUUGGGUCCUCGUGGCGCCCCAUCGGGUCCUAAGGGAUUCGGAGUGCAGAUCCCCAAGGAUUACCAGAAGGGAGUUUCUUUUGUGAACGGCGGUUCACUUAACGGAGGACUGGCUUAUCGUGAUCGUGAAGACGAAGAUACCGAUGCAAGCGACGAGGAACUUGAACGCCGUCGCCAGGCAAAACGCGAUGCAGAGCAGGAAAAACAAUUCCUUGACCAGGAGCGCCGGUGGCUCAAUCGUGAGCGAAGCCGAACAGCCGCCCUGGAGCGUGAGAAGAAGCGAGAAAAAGAGGAAGAUGGGAAGUUGCAGGCUGCUCACGACGAGAUGGAAGAGCGCCUCCGGGAAUGGAAUGAUGAUACCGAAGCUAGCCGUAAGGCAGUUGAGUAUUACGCCGAUCACGGUGCCUGGCUGCGCAGUCGUGCGGCUUUCCGUGCCCGUGAGGCCAACAUGGACGAGGCUGACCGCGCCGCCGAAGAGAGGGAGCUUGCUCAAACCGCCAAGCAACAAGAGCAGGCACGCGGCAUGGCCGAUGACUUCCUGGCUCGCCAGGCACAGGAACUCGAGAACCGCGUUCCAGAGCCUCGCGAGGAGCCCAAGCGAUUCAAAUUGUCUCUGGGUGCCGCUGCCCAGAAGGCCCAGGCUGCGACUACGCGCCGCACCGUUGCCGAGGUUGAAGGUCUACUAGAGGAUGAGGAAGAGCCCGCCAGUACCACACGCCGCCCUCUGAUCCCCAUCAAGUUCGACACCGCUGCCGAAGCGGCUGGUCUCUCCGAUGAAGAACGAGCCCAGGCAGCUCGCCAACUUGCUGCCGAGAUUCCCACCGAUAAGGAUGGCCUGUGGAAGUGGGAUAUCAAGUGGGAGUUUGUCGACCAGGCCGUAAUCAGCGACCAAAUCAAACCCUUUGUGGAGAAGAAGAUUGUCGAGUAUCUGGGUGUGCAAGAGCAGAUGCUGGUCGAUCUUGUCGAGGAGCAUGUUCGGCAGCAUGGCAGGCCCCAGGAGCUGGCCGAGCAGCUGGCAGAGGCUCUAGACGAAGAGGCCGAGGUGCUAGUCCGCAAGCUUUGGCGAAUGAUCAUCUUCUUCUCGGAAAGCGAGAAGCGCGGAUUGUCGGCAUAA